AUGGUCAUGGGGGUGCUCUCUAGCGCUCUGGACCUAGCCAAGGCGGCCGUGGCGCACGACGAGCAGGGGGCUCUGCCGGAGAAGGUCCUUCCCUACUACAAGAAGGCGAUACGAGCGAUCGACACGGCUCUCAAGCUGCUGCCGGAGCACGUCGCCGAGUCCACCGGUAUCAAGCGGCAUCGGGACAACUACCAAGCGAGAGUCGACAAGCUGACGCAAGGGCUGACACGGGACAACCAGCACAAGGACCGAAGAGUACGGCAGCAGUCGAGAGUCCGCUUCUCGCAGAUGGAUUUAGAUGCGAACCAGUCGACCUUGGAAGCCGAACCGACACACCCGGCGAGGAGAUCCUACUGGGUCUUGAGGCUAGUGCGAACCACCAUUUUGUACGGGGGUCACCUGACGCCCAAGCUCUACGCGCCCAAGGAAGUGUGGACGCAGGUGGGGGUGAAGGUAUCGGGGUUCGCUCCGCGAAUCGCUGCGCUGGAGUCGGUGCUCUACAUGGUCAUCGACCAGGUCAAGGACCUGCCCAAGCCCGUAGACGCGGAGGCUAGAAAGGAGGCGGCGGAGGUAAUGCGAACGUUUAGGCAACAGGCCCACAAGCUACAGACGGAUCUGUCACGGCAUUUCCCCUACGUUGUCCAGGUGGACCCGCUCGGGCUUGCCAAAGAGCUGGGGCCUAAGUCUAACCUCGGCAGGCUGAACAGCGUGAUGAAGAACAUCGGCCGAAACGUGAAGCAUUCUGCGGUAGUGGCGGUGGAGAGGAUUGGCGCGGGCAUCAACGGCAAGCACGUCGACGACGGGCUGGCAUACUACAAGCAGGUGGUGUCGGAGCUGUGCUCGGAGUGCCAGGUGUUCGACUCGUGGUUCGUGCACCUGCAGGACCAGAUGGCCAAGAACGGUGGGUUCGGAGGAGGAAGAAUAAUCACCAACGCGCACCUGACUUGGCGUGGCGUGGCGUGGCGUGGUGUGGUAGAUGUUUCGUUUCCGCCGGGAUAA